AGUUGGACAAUAUUUAUAACCUUAGUAAUUAGUUCUUAUAAAUGAAAAGUAUCAAAAAUCAACCUGUUUGACAGCUAACAAGCAUUCUAACUUGACAUUUAACUCUACAACCUUCACCGGUCUUCCUAAUAUUUGACACUUGAAUUACCAUUAGUGAAAUCGAUGAAGACCAUCACUUAACAUUUUAUUUCCUACCACAUCCACAAUAAGUUUGAAUACGAUACAGCACAAUAAAAACUUUCAUCACUUGAAUGGUUUGCUAUAAAAAAUCAAAUAUAUAAAUAAAGUUCCGUUUUUACAGUUAAAUAAUCUAUGAUGUUCACAAAUGGUACAAUUAAACCAGCCAAAUCAUUUCCCCAAUCCGGUGUUGGAAUCAAAUCGGAAACAAAACAACACCAACGUUAACUUACAAGUUAGCCAUUAACACCACUGCCCCGGCUGUAGACGGCAUACGACUUUACGGCAUACGACCAACCAUCGAUCGCUAUCGUUAUCGCUAUCUCCUCACGGACACGAAGGACUUCAGCUUCUCCCUCCCAACAGCGAGUGAGAGAGCGCGCGCGCGGCAACUGCAGCCACUGUCAAGAUUCAGCCAAUCAAUAACAAACUAAUUACUGUUUUAAUUAACAUGUUCUCAUUGUUAAAUCAGUAAUAAAAUUACAGAUUUUACGACUCCAUCGUUUAAAAUACUACGUGCCCGUUGUGUCCUGGGCCCGUUGUGUUCAUCCGGUCGCCCGCCACCCAACAAUUGCGAAAGUCAGUUUUCUGCUAAUCCACUAUAACAAGCUGCCCGAAUGGCAAGGGAGCAAAAAAAAAUAAGGGAUGAGUAUAUAGUGGUGUAUAUAGAAAAACCAUCUAACAAAACGCCCUCUUCCGCUAGAGCACGCCUACUUUCUUACCCGAGCUCAAUGGCGGUGCUGUAUAAUGGAGGCGCCAUGUAUACCGUUGUAAAAAGGGAGAACCGAAAGCAAAGCAGGCGAUAACUAACUCAACAAAAGAACAAAGAAACGAACGAGAGAGAGCGAGAGCGCGCGCGCGAGAGGGUUCGGCUUCGUACACGCGCUCGCUCUAAAACCCGAAUGGUUGGCUCAAUAGCCGAAGUUGUCGUUUUUCAACCCCACAAAACACACGCACGAACAAAAGCCAUCAUCAGGGCCGUCAUCAUCUCGUCGCGGCGUGGGCUCAUUUGCAGUUCACAUUUCAUGUUAGGAUUCCAAUCGCGCUCGUACUCGACCGACGCGAAGAAGUAGUGUUUUGCUCUGUGCUGGUGUUUGCGUAUCCACGUUUCAAUCGGGCAGCAUUCGUUGCGUUAACGGUGUCGCGUUGUUUUGCGUGCGAAUACUUUGCGCGGAGAAUUGUUUGUUUGUUUUUUUUCUGUUGUUCUUUGGGUAGUUGAAUUCUACACGCAAAAUCUGUAACCGUACGCUACUAUUAGUGCGUAUGUGCGCUUGGUCGCCGUGAGAUGAGAUGCUAUUCACCGAUGUCCGUGUCGGUGAACAGACAGACACCACACACGGGCGGGCAAAAUUAAGAGUCCUUGCAGUGCGUGUGGAUCUGAUGAUGAUAACAUUCGCAUGAUGUGUGUGCGUCCAUGCGUGUGGUGGGUUUUGUGCUUUUAGUGUAACUGUUAACCAAGUGUUUGGAUUCGGGCGGGCGCGCGCGUGUGUAUGUGUGUGUAGUGAAGUGAAGGUGUGAUAAUUUCCACUAGAAUCCAUAUAGUAUAAUGUAUUGGCCAUCCGCCAGUAGUAGUCUGGACGCGCACUGGCGUACUACGUCAUUGGGCGCCAACAAACGGCAAUCACAUAUUUCCAACAAAUCACCCAUCCAUCCAGCAAUGCUAGAUGAUUCUAUCCAGUAAAUGAAAAAAUAAGCUCUCCAGUGCUCGAGGCAUCGAAACAACAACAAAAAAGAAGUCCGAAAGGCAAACAAUGUGUAGCGCAAUAUAGUAGUCGAGUUCCGUCAGCAACAUAAUAAGCUUCGGCAGUGUUUGGUGCGGUAGUGGUACGCGAUUGGAUCGUGUCCUUCGGUGGUUUUUUUUCUAGGAGAAUAGUUAGAAGAAGAAAAAAACACACAUACCCACACAGCCACACAAUAACUAGGGAAGACGGCGUUUUACUUCCUGCUGCUGUUUGGCCGUUUGAGCGAAACUCGCAUUCGCCGCAACGAGACGCUCAUCGCACAUCGGAAGCAGCGGUCCCGCCGUGGGAAGAAUGAAUCUGGAGCCGUUGCCCCGUACCGAAACGAUACACGUCACCGCACCGGCCGCAGCGGCGGCAGCAGCAGCAGCGGCCGCGGCCUUACAUCGUCCGGUUCAGACCAUGCCGCAACGGUCACCGUUCGCGAUCCAGGAGCUGCUCGGGCUGAGCAGCAGUGGCGAGUCGACGCGGCCGAGCGGCGUCGUGUCGGCGGUCACACCGUCACUGUAUCCGACCGCCGUCGGGCAGGCAUCGUUUGCGGCUGCGGCCGCCGCCGCCGGAUGUGCCGAUCCGCACCAGAUGCAGAUGGCUGCCGCGUCGCGGAUGGCGUACUUUAACGCCCAUGCGGCCGUCGCGGCCGCCUUUCUGCCGCACAACAUUGCCAGUGCGGCUGCCGGCGGUGGAUCGCUGCAGCUACAUUCGGCACAGUCCGCCAACAAUUUUACACACUUAAAGUCAACCUUCGGUGGUGGCGGUGGCGCUUGCUUGCCGGGAGGCGGUGUAGAUUCCAGUAAAGACUUUACCAUCGACGGUCUAAAUAGUUAUGGAAAGAAGAAAAAGAAAAAGCGAAGGCAUAGUCGAACCAUAUUUACUAGCUACCAGCUGGACGAACUCGAAAAGGCCUUCAAAGAAGCGCACUAUCCGGAUGUGUACGCCCGUGAAAUGCUUUCACUAAAAACGGAUCUCCCAGAGGACAGGAUACAAGUGUGGUUUCAGAACCGGCGAGCCAAAUGGCGCAAGACUGAAAAGUGCUGGGGCCGCAGCACGAUCAUGGCCGAGUACGGGCUGUACGGGGCGAUGGUGCGCCAUUCGCUCCCACUACCGGAAACGAUCCUCAAGUCGGCGAAAGAGAACGAAACCGUCGCGCCCUGGCUGCUAGGUAUGCAUCGGCCGUCGGCCGCGUUACCAACGGCGGACGAGACGCACGAACCGGGCGGUACCAACAGCAUGCUCGACUACUAUCGCAACUACACCAGCCCUACUGACAUUAACUUGUCCGUAUCCGUUUCGUCUUCAGGCAUGCACAAGAAGUCGCUCGAGGCGGCCGAAACGCUCAAAAACUCCGAAGAUAACAGUGACCGUGAAGAGACACGGACGGAGUCGAGCGAAACGAGCGGCGGCUCGGGGGCCGCCCUCCACUGCACCCUCGGCUCCUCGCCCCUCAAAUCGCCGACGAUCGCGUCCGAAGGUUCCGGGUGCAGCGGUGGUACCGGCAACAGCAGAGGUGACUGUGGUGGUGGCGGCGGCGGUGGUGGUGGAGGAAUCGGGGGCGAGGGUGUUGGUGGAGGGGGAAAUGUAUCGUCGCUGAACGGGAAGCACGCGAGCUCGGGGGCACGAUCGGCAAUGGCGAAGAUGUCACGGUUCGGGCUUGGAUCAUCACCGCCACCACCGCCGAUCGGUGGUCGACCACAUUCACCCUCCGUUACACCGCCGGCCUCGGUACAUCCGCAUCAUCCACCACCUGCACACCCGUCCUCGAUGGCCGCCCACCCGCUAGCACAUCCGGUAGCGACCGGUCACUCUACGGUACAACCGACGACGGCCGCCAGUACCGGCAGUGCGAUCAAGCUGCAACCCCGAUCACCACCCUUAGGGACAUCACUGGCCGGUGGCGGUGGUGGUGGUACGCCCGGUACUACCGGCGCCGCCGACCAUCUGUCACCCGUGGGCCAUGGGCAUGGACCGCACCAUGCGGGAGGGAUUCCACCCGGCCUUCCGGACGGUGGGGGCGUUGGCGGUGGAACGGCGGACUUCCUGCACGCUGCCACCAACAACAACUAUCACCCCGAAAACGACCACGAAGCGUUUAGGUGGGUUGACUACAAGGAUCCAGUCGCGUUCAUACGGAACAACUCAAUUGCUUGCCUAAGAGCGAAAGCUCAAGAGCACCAGGCCCGGUUGCUUAACAGUGGUCUCCUGCUACAGGUACGCUCACUCGCCGGUCUCCAAACGCAUCCGGCCUUCGACGGUAGUUCCGUGCCGUCCUUAGCCUCCCCGUACGAUGGCUCCUGUUCGGUGGCCGCUCAUGCCGCACUACACGCCCAGCAGCAACGUACACCGCCUCCAUUACCACCCCAAUCCUCACUAGACGGGACGCUAUCGUCCGCCACACUGCUCGAGAUCGAUCGACAGCGGGCGGAAGCAAACAGCAGCAAUGGAUCGGCGAUCUCGGUGAAGGGUGCCAGCAGUAGUCCGAACGUCAGCACUUUUUGACAGCAUUUAUAAGCUGAUCACGUCACCCAUUUCCAUCGUACCAUGGGGUUCCUAGUUGGACCGGUGGGACAUCAACAGACAUCACCAUACUCGUACUAAUACAACGCUCCUUCGCAACGGCUCAUCAGAUUUUGUGUAAAAUCAUUAAUAAAAAAAACACAACAACAACAAGUACAACGAAUCGAAACGAAUCGAUCAUUAUUUAGGAUGUAUUAAAAAUUUGAAACCAAAGAGGGGCAAUCGAACCAUGCGCCGGGAUGUUGAAAAAAAUGGAACUGCCUAGAGUAGUAGUAUAUUCGAUGCGGCACUGAAUACUUCCUCUUCGCGGAGAUGUUGCAGUCUGACAAUUGCUCGAGGAACGAUCGAACGAUCGUGUUGCUAAAUUAUUGUUUUUUUAAUUACUUUUUUUUGUUCGUUCAUAUCGGAGACGUUUGCAUAAUCUGGAAUAAAGAUGGAUGGAUGAAUGCAACAGACAACAAAAGAAAAACGGGAUACACUAUUGUACAUAUACAGCUAUACAUUGCGUUUACACAACUGUAAAACACGUAUAUUUUUCUUCCUCUUUUACGUGCAAUUCAUCUGAAAUGAGCCUAAAAUCUUAAAUAAAUAAAAGGAUCGCAAAGCAUCGCCGGCGCACCUUGCCGUGCACAAAUGAAGUAAAGAAAAGGAGAAGAAACAUAUAUAUAUAUAUAGAUAUACAUAUAUCGUAGGUGAUACAGUAAAUACGUAACUAUGCGUGUCUGAAGAGAGAAAAUUUGGCUAGAAUAUAUAAAGUUAAGCAAAAGGAACAUACACACACAAACAAUACGGAUGGUUUUAUUUGGGUUUUGUCAAUAAUUACCAUCAUUCUUAACGUGAUCGUAAUAUCCAGAUUGCUUGUACAUAGAGUAUGAGACAGUGACUAAUUUAUUUCCUCUCAAGAAAGCAAACCGUGGACAAAGAACUUUGAAGUUAUUAAAUCGACAGGGGAUGGACACAAACGGAUCGAAGUGAAGAAGCUGUUCAAACGGCCAUACAUUAGAUAAGCACAAUCAAACCAUUCAGUAACAGAACGAAACAAACAAUCAAAUUGCAGCACAGUGUGGCAAAAAGGUUAACGAAGGAACACACCCAACAACUUGUAAUAGAUAGGAAUUCACAAUGAGUGAAUGUAUUUUCUUAAUUUCUAAACUCCGCGUACUUGUGUAAUUCUGCCAUUGGGUCACACAACUUCAGCAAGCAUGUAAGCACGCGUGCUCGUUUUAAAUAUCAGUAAAAAGUAAACUCAUUUGUUCCUGACACCAAAUUGCAAAAUCACACAAAAAACAGCACAACUCAUUCUUCAUGCGUUUAAAAGGUGGUGUAUCUUCGAAGACACGCAUUCUCUACUGCCUGCCAAACACAAAUGGGGGUGGGGGAGAAAAAAGAAGUGUGUAUAGUGUGGGUGUAGCAAAGUUACUUGAAAGCGCACUAAAACGAAACGAAAAUACGAGUAAAAAGCAAGCAAAUAAACAAAUGUAUCAUGUGAACAUUUAAAAA